CGGCUCUAAGCCACACAACAGCUGACUUUCACGGUGCUUCUUUUGUAUUUCUCCUUCAUCAUUGGUUCACAUUCGCUUUGAUCGAGCACAAGCAUCGAUUCGUGCCACAAUGGCUACCGUACAAGCGGCCAAAAAAGAGCUGCGCAAGCAGAUCAAGCACUCUCUGUCGUCAUUGGCGCCUGAGUCCGUCGCAAGCCAAACAUCAAGCGCGGUCCGCACGCUUCUGGCUUUGCCAGAGUAUCAGGCCGCGGGAAGAAUCAGUGUCUACCUUUCAAUGCCGUCUGGGGAAAUCUCGACUGCCGCGGUUGUCCAAGAUGCCUUAGACCAAGGCAAAAAGGUCUUCAUUCCAUACACCUAUCAGAGAUCUCAGCCUGAGCUUAGACCGAAGUCGAUCAUGGACAUGGUGGAGCUGCAUGGAUCAAAAGACUACAAAGAGUUCCAGCCUGACAAAUGGGGCAUCCCCACGCCCAGCGCCGAUUCAAUCCCCACGCGAACGAACAGCUUUGGCGGGCUGGGCCGCUCUGAAGCAGACACAACCCCUCAGACUGCCUCGGAGAGCGGACUGGACCUGAUUGUAGUGCCAGGCAUGAUGUUCGAUGCGGGCCUCGGAAGGUUAGGCCACGGAAAGGGUUUCUACGAUUAUUUCUUGGAUAGGUGCGCGCAGCAGAGUGAGCAAGUGAAAGAGGUCCGGAUGCCGUUUCUGGUUGGUCUUGCCUUGAAGGAACAGCUUCUCUCCUCAGGUGAGACCGUACCGAUGGACUCGACUGACUGGCGACUUGAUGCUCUGAUUACUGGCACUGGGGAGAUCCUUCGAUCCCGCAAGCCUGACCCCACCCAUCGCUCUUAG